AUGGUUCUAACAGCUGCGCCAAAUGCGACACGAUGCCAGGAUGCAGCCAGUGCAACACUUCCUCUGUGUGUCUCUCCUGCCAGUCAGGCUACUACAAGACAGCCACCAAUGCUUGCUCCCAGUGUGCUGACGUCAUGUGCAUCACAUGCACCAACUCCACCAAUUGCAUCAACUGCCUAUCCGGAUACUAUUUCAACAGCAGUGGAAAUUGCAGGCAAUGCAGCACUCAAAUCGCAGGGUGUGUCUUAUGCAAUUCCAGCCAAUGUUGCAAUGCCAAUCCGGCUACUACCUUACUGCCAGUACACAUGUUCCAUUUGCCAAGUCAACGGAUGCGAGAUUUGCAACGCAGUCAUACCCACUCAGUGCGUGACCUGCUCCAGCCUUUACUAUCUCAGUUCCAACGCCUGCUACAGUUGCGGCUUGAGCAUGACUGGCUGUCUCAACUGCCUCACCUCAACCCAUUGCCUCAAGUGCAUGGUAGGGUCCUAUUUAGCAGCCAACUUCACCUGCCAAUCCUGCUUCUACCUCUUCAAGGGAUGCGCGGAGUGCUCAGCUACUUCUUGCACUGUCUGCCAGGGAGGCUACACAAUGAACGUAACAUCAUGCGCCACUUGCAUCGCCUUCCUGCCCGGCUGUCUCUACUGCACCUCCACCACUGUCUGUCUUUCUUGCCAAAGCGGGUACUACGCUGCCGCCAGUACUGUCAUUCCUGUGGUGCAUUACCGGUUGUCUUGA